CGGCAACAAUGGCGCGAGUGUUCGUGGGCAACCUCCCCGAGGAUGUGCGUGAGCGCGAACUCUCUGACAAGUUCGAGCGCUACGGACGCAUCACGAGCGUGCGCAUCAAGUUCCCGGCGCGACCCCCGCCAUUCGCUUUCCUGACAUACGAAAACGAACAAGAUGCCAGUGACGCAGUGCGAUCGAUGAACAACACAACGUUCGGAGGCAGUCGCAUCCGAGUGGAAAUGUCACGUGGCAUCGACGACGCUCGUCCUCGAGGCACUCAGUAUCGCGUCAAGAUCUCUGGAUUGCCAGACACAAUGAGCUGGCAAGAUCUCAAGGAUUUCCUCCGUAAAGGGGGAGAUGUCGUCCACAGUGACGUGGAUCGUCGUGGUAAUGGCUCGGCGUCUUUUGCCACUCCGGACGAGAUGCUACGUGCCAUUCGAAAACUAGACGGCACCGAUCUGGAUGGCGAACGCGUUCGAAUCCGGGAAGAUGACGCCGGGGGACGUUCACGGUCCGCCUCACGCUCGCGUUCGAGGUCUCCGGCUCGACGUACGAGUCGUAGACGCUCGCCGUCUCGCUCGCGUUCCCGCUCUGGUUCGCGGUCUCCACGUCGCUACAGUAACCGAGGCAGUCGCCGUGAUCGCUCCCGGUCUCGUUCGCGUUAAAUCAUUUUUUUUUCAGGUUUCCCAUCGUGGUAAAAAGUCAAGAAAUGGCAACAGUUUGGGUUUUAGCGACCAGUGUGUCAACGGAA